AUGAGUUCACAUCAUUUAUCUGUAAUCACAAUAUUAGCUACUUAUUAUCCUUUAUGUUUAACAUGUGUAACAACAAUAUUAAAUAGUUUCGUAAUAAUAAUUUUCUAUCAAAAAGUAUUUCGGCAACGUCCAACUAUACGUUAUAUGCGUGUAAUUGCAUUUGUGGAUAUAUUUUUAGUUUAUGGAUGGAAUCUAGAUCAUUUUUUUCGUUUAAAAUUUGGCUUUGAAGUUGAUCGUUUAACAGUUCUAUCAUGUAAAUUAUCAACAUAUUUUAAUCAUGUUUUAAGUCAAUCAUCAGCUUGGUUACGUGUAUGGAUGUGUGCUGAUCGUUUUUAUGCAUUAAAUCAAGUCCGACAACGUCGUGCAAUUCAUCAGCAUCGUCGUGUUAUCGUUCUUAUUGUAUCAACAUUUAUUUCAAUAAUACUUAUUAAUCUUCAUUUACCUAUAUUUUCAUGUUAUUCAUAUAGAAAUCAUAAUGAAACAAGAAUUGGUGGUGGAUCACUUCAUUUCCAGAUUUAUCCAAUAUGGAAUUAUAUUAAUUUAGCAUUAUAUAAUAUAAUACCAUUUAUUCUCAUGUUAAUUUUUAAUAUAUUAAUUAUUCGACAUUUAAUUUUAAUAAAAAGAACAU